AUGUUGCACAGAUUAAAAGUUGCUGAUCGUGAAGAUCUGAUUGGCGUAGAAGAUAAUGCAAGAAAAGGAUUUUUCUCAUCUAAACCAGUACUGAAAAACAGAUCUACUAUAUUUACACUUGGUAAUCGUGGCAGCGUUUUGACGACGGAGUUGGAGGAGUCUAUAAUUGUACCACAUGCUGCACAGAAAACUGAGAAGAAGUAUUCUUUCGAGAGCUUGUUCCGUAGCAUGCACUACGCUUUGUUAGACAACUGUUGUCGCGAGUACGUGUUUUUGGCAGACUUUUUCAUGGUUCAAGGCCAUCAAGCAAAGGAUCUCUUCACACAAGUACUGGGAAAAACACUGUCAUUAUUUCUGAAACAAAUGGACACGUACAUUGAAAGCUGCUAUGAUGCCAUCGGUUUGUUCCUAUGUAUUCAUAUUAUCCAUCGAUACAGGAUUUUAAUGCACAAGAGAAGUGUUCCAGCCCUGGACAAAUACUGGGACACUUUACUCGAGAUGUUUUGGCCUCGUUUUACAAAUAUUGUAGAGAUGAACAUAGACAGCGUACAAAGCACAGAUCCACAGAAACUAGGGACUAUUGACAUCCGGCCUCACUACAUCACAAGACGAUAUGCGGAGUUCUCUGCUGCCAUUGUGAGYCUCAAUGAAAGUUUUCCRGAAGAAAGGGUGAACAAGGUCUUAGCUUCACUACAAAAUGAAGUGGAAAACUUCAUCCUCAAGAUGGCUGCCGAAUUCCCACCUCGUAAAGACCAACUGAUAUUUCUGAUUAACAACUACGACAUGAUGUUAGCUGUCUUAAUGGAGCGAACAUCAGAAGACUCGAAAGAAGUUGAAGGGUUUCAACAGCUMCUCACKGCGCGAAUAGGAGAGUUUGUUGAGGAGGUUCUUUCUCCUGCUUUUGGUGGCAUGAUAGCUUUCGUGAAAGAAUCUGAGCCACUUCUUGAGAGAGGACAAGGGCAAGUUAUUCGACCAGAUGAACGAAGAAUCCAGCAACUGGUUCGCGGUUUUGCCGCCGACUGGAAAAAGUCAAUCGAGAAUAUCAACCAAGAAAUAAUGCGCUCUUUUUCAAAUUUCAAAAACGGCACAACAAUUUUACAGGCUGCUCUUACACAAUUAAUCCAGUAUUAUCAUCGUUUUCAAAAGAUCCUGUCCCAGCACCCSUACAAGCGACUACCAAUACGAAGCGAGCUCAUUAACAUUCAUCACGUGAUGGUCGAAGUCAAAAAACACAAAACAACAUUUUAAACCAAUUGAAACUUAAUGCUACUUCGACCCCACUUCAAAUCAACCUAACGAAUUAGUUACUUAAAUAUCAAGUCUCAUAUAAAAUCUACUAAACCGUUUACAAACUUCUACAAAUUAGCUAGAGUACAAACAUUAAAUGUAUGCAACACUUUCCACUAUUUAGAGUGUUUUUGAUAAACUCGUGAAACAAAGUGUAAUAAUUAGAGUGUAAUAGAUCGUAAUAGUCGCGUAGAGACAAUAAAA